AUGUCUUCCGCCUCCAGUUCGCCAAGAACAUGGCUGCCCAGGAAAUUCCUAGAGGAGUUGGGCCUGUUGUCGGUAUGGCAAUCAUCGUGCGACGUGAAACUGCUCUGUGCCCAGCGAUUCGUGCGCCUGUUUGCAUAUGGCGGCUCUACGCUCGUCCUGGCCUCCUAUCUUUCGGCCCUAGGUAUCUCGGAUGCCCGCAUCGGUCUGUUCAUGACCCUGACUCUGGUCGGAGACGUGGGCAUCAGCUUCUUCCUCACUCUUUUUGCUGAUGCAAUGGGUCGGAAAUCUGUUCUGAUGCUGGGCUCGGCCCUCAUGGUGGGCAGCGGAGUAAUCUUUGCUCUAUUUGAGGAUUUCUGGAUCCUCCUGGCUGCGGCGGUAUUCGGGGUCAUUAGUCCAAGCGGAAAUGAAAUUGGUCCCUUCCGGGCAGUGGAGGAAUCCACCCUAGCUCACCUCACUCCUCAUGAACUGCUAGGUGACAUCUUCGCCUGGUAUUCACUCAUCGGCACGGCCGGCACGGCUCUCGGUAUGAUGGCCUGUGGAUGGUCCAUCAACAUGCUGCAAGUCAUUCGAGGCUGGGAGUUUGUUGUCACCUGUCGAAUGAUUUUCUUUGCCUAUGCGUCUAUUGGUGCGAUCAAGUUCUUGCUAGCCGUCGCGUUAAGCAAAAAGGUCGAAGUCGAGAAUAAGAAGAAACCAGCACAAUCCUCUCCGACCCAGGGAGGCGGAGAAACGCAGCCUCUGCUGGGCGACAGGACGGCGACCCCCCCUCCUAAGGCGCCCCCAAAGAAAUCCCUCUUCUCGUUCCUCGGAGACAGAGAGCUUCUGUCGCUGGUCGUGCGACUCUUCAUCUUGUUCGGUCUAGACUCUUUCGCCUCGGGCCUGGCGUCGUUGUCCUGGAUGACCUAUUUCUUCAAACGCAAGUUUUCCCUUCCUGAGGGGACACUCGGUUCCGUCUUCUUCACCACCAGCAUCAUCGCCGCCGCGUCCAUGCUAGUCGCCUCGUCGAUCGCCAAGCGCAUCGGCAAUGUCAAGACUAUGGUCUUUACCCAUCUCCCGUCUGCCAUCUGUCUAGCUCUUAUCCCGGUCCCCAACAUUCUUCCUCUCGCCCUUACCUUCUUGAUUCUCCGCGCCUGCUCUCAGAAUAUGGAUGUCGCCCCACGCUCGGCCUUCCUUGCCAAGGCGCUCCCGGCCGACAAACGCACCGCCAUCAUGGGAUCUAUUAACGUGGUCAAGACGUGCUGUCAGAGCCUGGGCCCAUUGAUUACGGGAAUCUUGGCUAAUCAUGGCCUAUUUGGCGUCUCGUUUACCAUUGCUGGUGUGUUGAAAUGCGUCUACGAUCUGGGCAUGUUGCUGAGCUUUGCGGGUCGGGAAAAUGUGCAAAGGACAGCAGUGUCCUCCCCUGCGUGA